CGUUUUCGUUCAAUUUGACCGAAGUGAGCAUCCGUAAGGAGGAGCAAACGUUGCCUUAGCAACGGCUACAUUCGGAUAAGCAAUUAGCAGAAUUUGUGGGAUGAUAUUUUUCAUCAUGAUGCAAGGAAAACGCGUGGAAUCUUCCUGAAUUGUGUCCCGAUGGCUGCAAACAACCCUUCCGUCUUCCUCCUCACGGUGAACGGGCAGAUUGAGGGGGCCAACUUUCCGGAGUAUGACAGCCUGUACUGCAAAUAUUGUUACGUUUACGGUCACGACUGGGCCCCGACCACGGGUUUGGAGGAAGGCAUUACGCAAAUAACCUGUAAAAGCAGUCAUUCAAACAAGCUGAUAUGGAACUUUCCAUUGGAGACGACAUUUAAGAGCACAAAUCCAUCUGGUUGGCCUCAGCUUGUGGUGAGUGUUUACGGACCAGAUGUGUUUGGAAACGACGUGGUGAGAGGCUAUGGAGCAACACACAUCCCCUUCACACCUGGACAACAUACCAGAACCAUUCCCAUGUUUGUUCCUGAGCCCACAUGGAGACUUCAGAAGUUUACAGGAUGGUUAUUGGGUCGGCGGCCCGAGUACACGGACCCUAAAGUGGUGGCGCAGGGAGAAGGCAGAGAAGUGACGAGGGUUCGUUCCCAAGGCUUUGUGACGGUGUCUUUCCACAUCAUGACCAAAGACAUGAGGAAGAUGGGCUACGACACGGGAUCGUCCACCAUCAAGUCCGUCACAUCUGACUGGUCGACAGAAGAACAACCUUUCUUAUAAUGACGACUGACCUGCUUCUUUUGGAUUGUUCUGCUCACAAAUCUAUUCACUCUCCCAUCUGACUUUUUACCGAUUUUUUUAAAAGCCUCUUUUUGUAAUAAAAUGUGACUCUAAAUGUGCACGUUUGGCUGC